AAUCUUCGCGAACAUGGAACCCGCGGACAGACCAAGACCAAGCCACAAGGUAAACAAGAGGCGGCCCCCAACGUGCUCGCUUCCACCCUGCACUCCCUUCCAGCCACAGAGACAGCCUCCAACCCGCAGGAAUGUCACAUGACGAGAACCACGAGAUGAUGGAAGACGAGGUGGAGACCAAGAGCAAGGAGAAGAAGGUGGCCAAGCAUGACAGUGGUGCCGCGGACCUCGAGCGUGUCACCAACUACGCAGAGGAGAAGGAGAUCAAGUCCGAUGCGAGUUUCAUCUCCGUCAUCAACGACGUGAAGCGGCAGGACGAUGCCAAGAAGCUGGCUAAGGAGCAGGAGCUGGCCAAAGUGUCCAUCAAGAAGGAGGACGUUGAGGUGAUCACCCGAGAACUUGAGAUUCCCAAGCAGAAGGCCGAGCGAGCGCUUCGAGAACACCAAGGGAACCUCAUCGAAACUCUAGUCACCCUCACCAACUGAUGCCCCCACUCCAACCACCACCAAGCCCCAGACAAGCCAUGAACACUUGUUAUGAGAGAAAAUGAAUGCCUUCGUUCACAUAAUAAAGUGAUACCUAUAUGUGAUAAAA